UAUGCCACUACAUUUGCAGCACAAAGAAUAGCACACAAAUACGAUGCAAGCUUGGGUCAUUCACAAAAAGAUCCAACUAUUUGUGGAAGCCAAAAUUUCCAGCUUCUGAAUGCAUGUGUUAGAACGACAGAGGAAAGAAAAGAUGUGCUUUCACUAUUUCACUCUU